GCUGGAUGAGCGGGAGAAGUUGCUAGAGUCCCUUCGGGAGAGUCAGGAGACUUUGCUGGCGACACAGAGCCGGCUCCAGGAUGCCCUGCAUGAGCGAGACCAGCUCCAGCGCCACCUUAACUCUGCCCUCCCCCAGCACCUCAGGCUGAAACUGGCUUCACCUGGAGAAAAGGAUGGCCUUUGAUGCAGGAAAACCCCGCCUUAGUGGCCAGCUGCAGUGAGCCCAGGCAGCCAGCAGGUGGCAGCCGGUACUGGGCAGGACGCUUCCCCUUGGCUGCUCUUCACCAGGGUGUGUUCUUGGAAGUGGUGGGUGGGGACGACAGAGAGCGAAGAUGGGAGAAGCUUUAGAGACAAUCUAGUUCACCUCUCAUUGCACGGAUGAGAGAAACAAGAGGCAUCCCAUGGACAAUUAUAGACAGAACUGUGACACUUCUCUUAUUCUCCUCCGUCAGCACAACUAGUAGCGAUUACAGUCACCCUUUAUGGUAUCUCUGUAUGCUGAGCACUUUGCAUGGGGUUUCCCUCACAUAACUCUCACAACUGUGAAUUUGGUGCUAUUAUCACCAUCACCUCUAUUAUACAAAGGAUGAAACUCAACCUUGAGGAGAUUGGUGAAUUGCUCCUGACCGCCCUGCCUGUAGGGGAGCCGCCGGGGUGGAGGAGGCGUCCCUGAGGAGCCGGAGUGCUCCUCUGCCCCUCGCACGUGGGGAGAAGGGCCAGAGCGGGCAAGGUUCCUGCCCAGGCUUCAGAAGUGUCUGCGGGGCAGAGUCUUACGAUGCUUUCUAGAUGGGAAUAUGGAUCCCUGGUGAGGAACUGGGGUGAGAGGUGGGCCCAUCCUACCCUCACUGUGUUUGGCUGCUGCUGCUGCUGCUAAGUCUCUUCAGUCGUGUCCGACUCUGUGCGACCCCAUAGAUGGCAGCCCACCAGGCUCCGCCGUCCCUGGGAUUCUCCAGGCAAGAACACCAGAGUGGGCUGCCAUUUCCUUCUCCAAUGCAUGAAAGUGAAGUCGCUCAGUCUUGUCCGACUCUUCGCGACCCCAUGGACUGCAGCCCACCAGGCUCCUCUGCCCGUGGGAUUUUCCAGGCACUGUGUUUGGAGCCCUGAACAAACCCUGGGAUGAAGGAACCACCUGCCUCUAGGGAGCUCAUACACUAAAAAGGAAAUAGACAAGAACUCAAACGACAGGAAGAGUGUGGAGGAACAGAAAAGGGGCUCCAGAGGACUGUUAAAAUCAUAUCAGUGGUUCAAAUAGGGGCCAGAUCAUUGAUCUUCAUGGCAGCCCUUGAGGGACGACUGUCUCUUUCGGAUUACAGGUUCAAAGAGGUUCGGCAUUUUGCCCAGGAUCACAAAUGGGUAGAGCUGAGAAUUGAUCUUAACUCUGCACUGGGAGCUUCACGAAGACAGGGAUCAUGUCUUUCUUGUUACUGUGCCUCCAGGGACCAGCACAGGAGCUGGUACAUGGAAUUUACCACCUUAACCCGGGAGCUGAGUAUGUGUCGGGAGCAGCUUCUAGAGAGGGAGGAAGAGAUAUCAGAGCUGAAAGCAGAGCGGAAUAACACAAGGUUGCUUCUGGAACAUCUGGAGUGCCUGGUGUCCCGCCAUGAGCGGUCACUGAGGAUGACUGUGGUGAAGCGUCAGGCUCAAUCACCAUCAGGGGUUUCCAGCGAGGUGGAGGUGCUGAAGGCUCUCAAGUCACUGUUUGAGCACCACAAGGCCCUGGAUGAGAAGGUGCGAGAGCGGCUCCGGGCGGCCCUCGAGAGAGUGACCACUUUGGAAGAGCAGCUGGCGUGUGCCCACCAGCAGGUGUCUUCCCUACAGCAGGGGGCAGGGGUUCGGGAUGGAGUGGCCGAAGAAGAGGGGACUGUGGAGCUGGGACCAAAAGGCCUGUGGAAGGAGGACGUGGGCCAGGUUGAGGAGCUGCAGGAGCUUCUGGAGAAGCAGAACUUUGAGUUGAGCCAGGCCCGGGAGCGACUGGUCACCCUGACAGCAACUGUGGCUGAACUGGAGGAGGACCUGGGCACAGCCCGCCGGGACCUCCUCAAGUCGGAGGAGCUGAGCAGCAAACACCAGCGGGACCUCCGGGAAGCUCUAGCCCAGAAGGAGGACAUGGAGGAGCGGAUCACCACCCUGGAGAAGCGCUACCUGGCUGCUCAGCGUGAGGCUGCAUCAAUCCAUGACCUCAACGACAAACUGGAGAACGAGCUGGCCACUAAGGAAUCCUUGCAUCGCCAGUGUGAGGAGAAAGCCCGAUAUCUGCAGGAGCUACUGGAGGUAGCCGAGCAGAAACUUCAGCAGACAAUGCGCAAAGCCGAGACGCUGCCAGAGGUGGAGGCUGAGCUGGCCCAGAGAGUUGCAGCCCUCACCAAGGCUGAAGAGCGACAUGGCAACAUUGAGGAGCACCUCCAACAGCUGGAGGGACAGCUGGAGGAGAAGAACCAAGAGCUGGCGCGGGUGCGCCAGCGGGAGAGGAUGAACGAAGCCCACAACAAGCGGCUGUCAGACACGGUGGACCGGCUGCUGAGCGAGGCGAAAGAGCGCCUGCAGCUCCACCUCAGAGAGCGCAUGGCAGCCCUGGAGGAGAAGAACACGUUGAUCCAAGAGCUGGAGACCUCCCAGAGGCAGAUUGAAGAGCAGCACCAUCACAAGGGCCGCCUGUCUGAAGAGAUUGAGAAACUGCGCCAAGAGGUGGACCAACUGAAGGGUCGAGGAGGGCCAUUUGUGGAUGGCAUCCAUUCCAGGGCAUACACGGGCAGUGCGACGGAUGUGCGGUUCUCCCUGAGCACAGCUGCCCACGCAUCCCAAGGUCUGCAUCGUUGUUACCCAGCACGGCGGGAACAGUCUGCCAAGGACUGGGAGCCAUCUCCACCGCCUGAGGUGCUGGUCCCGACAGCCACCCCUGCCUUUGACAGUGACCGUGAAAUCUCUGAUGUGGAUGAGGAUGAACCAGGGGGUCUGGUGGGCUCCAUGGAUGUUGUCUCCCCCAGCAGCCACUCAGAUGCCCAGACCCUGGCCAUGAUGCUGCAGGAGCAGCUGGAUGCUAUCAAUGAGGAGAUCAGGAUGAUCCAGCAAGAGAAGGAGUCCACAGAGCUCCGUGCUGAGGAGCUGGAAACUCGAGUGACUAGUGGCAGCAUGGAGGCCCUAGACCUGACCCAGCUGCACAAACGAGGUUCCAUCCCCACCUCUCUGACUGCCUUGUCCCUGGCCAGCGCAUCCCCUCCACUCAGCGGCCGUGCCACACCUAAGCUUACCUCCCGCAGUGCUGCCCAGGACCUGGACCGAAUGGGGGUCAUGACCUUGCCCAGUGACUUAAGAAAGCAUAGGAGGAAGCUGCUGUCACCAGUGUCUUGGGAAGAGAACCGAGAGGAUAAAGCCACCAUAAAAUGUGAGACUUCUCCUCCUUCCUCACCCAGGACACUGCAGCUAGAAAAGCUUGGCCACCCAGCCCGGAGCCAGGAAGAAGGCAAGAGUGCUUUGGAGGAUCCAGGCAGCAACCCCAGCAGCAGCAACAGCAGCCAGGACUCCUUGCACAAGGGUGCCAAGCGCAAGGGCAUCAAAUCAUCCAUCGGCCGCCUGUUUGGGAAGAAGGAGAAAGGCAGGCUGAUCCAGCCGAGCCGGGAUGGACCCACAGGCCAUGUUGUACUACUAACAGACUCUGAGCUCGGUCUGCAGGAGCCCAUGGUGCCUGCCAAGCUGGGAACCCAGGCAGAAAAGGACCGGAGGCUGAAGAAGAAACACCAGCUGCUUGAAGAUGCCCGGAGAAAAGGAAUGUCCUUUGCCCAGUGGGACGGCCCUACUGUGGUCUCCUGGCUAGAGCUCUGGGUGGGGAUGCCUGCUUGGUAUGUGGCAGCCUGUCGGGCCAACGUCAAGAGUGGCGCCAUCAUGUCAGCCCUAUCAGACACAGAGAUCCAGCGAGAAAUUGGCAUCAGCAAUGCCCUGCACCGUCUCAAGCUCCGGCUGGCCAUCCAGGAGAUGGUGUCACUGACCAGCCCCUCUGCCCCGCCCACCUCUAGGACUUCUUCUGGGAAUGUCUGGGUCACCCAUGAAGAGAUGGAAACUCUGGCAACAUCCACUAAAACAGACAGUGAGGAGGGAAGCUGGGCUCAGACCCUGGUCUAUGGGGAUAUGAACCACGAGUGGAUUGGGAACCAGUGGCUCCCCAGCCUGGGGCUCCCCCAGUACCGCAGCUACUUCAUGGAGUGCCUCGUGGAUGCUCGCAUGCUGGAUCACCUCACCAAGAAGGACCUGCGGGUCCACCUGAAGAUGGUGGACAGCUCCCACCGAACCAGUCUUCAGUAUGGCAUCAUGUGCCUGAAGAGGCUGAAUUAUGACCGGAAGGAGCUGGAGAAGCGGCGGGAGGAAAGCCAGCAUGAGAUCAAGGAUGUGCUGGUCUGGACCAAUGACCAGGUAGUUCAUUGGGUCCAAUCUAUUGGGCUCCGGGACUACGCAGGAAACCUCCAUGAGAGUGGUGUGCAUGGCGCUUUGCUGGCCCUGGAUGAGAACUUUGACCACAACACACUGGCCCUCGUUCUCCAGAUACCCACACAAAAUACCCAGGCACGCCAAGUUUUGGAGAGAGAGUUCAACAACCUGUUGGCUUUGGGCACAGACCGGAAGCUGGAUGAUGGGGAAGAAAAAGGACUCCGCCGCGCGCCCUCCUGGAGGAAACGCUUCCGCCCGCGGGACCCGCACGGCCGCGCCCCGCUCAGCGCCGCGGCCGACACACUCCCGGCAGCCUUCCGCACGUCCGCCGUGGGGCCCGUGCCGCCUCCACCCCCGCCGAAGAAGAUCAUGCCUGAAGGUCUGGACUGCACACUCCACCGGAGACCAGGACGCAGCACCAAGGGCUGGGGUGGCCCUUCCAAGGAAAGGGAGCUUCAGACUUAUUGCUUGAGUUACUUGGCAUUCUGGUUUCUGUCUGUCUCUUGGAUGCACUAGAUGGUCUACGUCUGCUUUUGGCACCCCCACCAUUUUCCCUCCCCCGACUCAUCCGCACCUUGUAGCUGCUGCCUCACCUUCAGGACCUCUUUGGGGGCUAGGAGGAGAUGUAGACGGCCCUAUUCUUCCUCAGGAUGAUGAACCUGGGAAGAAGGAAGGCUCAGAUGGAGAUUCUAGGCCCUGGUUUAAGUUGAAUCCCAAACAUCAACAUAAGCAUGGGGAAAUUCAGCCCUCCUGCCCAGUGAGAGGUUGCAGGCAGGUCAGCUAGAGGGAGGUCCGAUGUCCUGUGGUAGCUCUAAGCCCAAGUGGCAGUGGGAAUUGCCUCCUGCCCCAGCUCUAGGGUAGAGCUGCUGCUGGGCUGGUGGGAGAAGGAUCUUGGCUCUGGGGCAGAACAGAGCUAACCAUGCGCUGCCAGCUAUGUGCCCAGUAUUUCUUCCCUUGAUAUCCCCCUCUGACCCACUUCUUUGAUAACCCCAGCCCUUCAAAAAUGUACCUAAUGAGUGGAUUGAGUAUAUAUUAAUACGUUGACCUUAAAAUCUGGUUUGGGAAAAGGGUAAUCUGAGGCUUCCUCCCCCUGAUCUCCUAGCAGGAAAAUAAAGCUUCCCCUUUAGUGAAUCAUGUCCUAGGUCCAGGAAAUCCAGUGUUGUUGAAGACUGCCAUUCUCCUGCUUGUCCCCAAACUGUCACGCUUCAUUCAAGGUGCUUUUGGUGUGCAGGGGCUGCCUCCAGAAAUUCCUGAGACCUGCCCAGUCUCAGUUGCUUGCCCCAGCAGCAUGGUGGCAUCUAGGGCUGAGGGAUGUAGGUCCUGGUUUGGUAGGAAUGUCAUUUCCAAUAAAUUCUCCUUCUUCACCCACAUACUCCUCCUGUCAAGAUGCUUGAAAGUGUUUGGAACCCAAAUUUAGGGUGAGUUGAUGGAACCCAGAGCUGCUUCUAGUGAGAGGAGAGGAAAAGUACCUGGGUCAUGUUACCUGGAGAGGGGCCAGUGCAGUGCCAAUCUUCAGGUGGCUGAGCAGCUAGUUUGCAAGCUGAUGAUUUGGGUCUGAGUAGGGGCUAGUCCAGCAGGUCGGAUGAGGGGUCAGAACCCCGUCUAGAAGGAGUGAUGGAGCCUGGGGCAAUGCCUCACUUCCAGCCUUCUGCUGCAGAGUGCUGGGGCUGGGUGGGCUUCCAUGUGUCUGGGCAAGAUCCUCACCUGCCCUUGCUCUCAUUGUUGCCUGCCCUUCCUGUCUGUCAGGCCACUGGCAGUGGAGCUGGAGGUGUUCUUGAGCAGAAAACAAGUCGGAUGGAGAGAAAGAGCCCCGGUCUCUGGGUAAUGCAUGUUAAGAUUAUGGAAGAGCCCCAGAUUCCUGUGAUUGAUGAACUCACAGUUGGAGACCAUAAGGCCAUCUGAUUGCUUCAGGGAACUCUGAUGGGCUGGCUAAGUGGGAAAUUCAGUCCCAGCUUCUCCUCUGCAACUUAACCCUAUCUUAAUUGGUUAUGUCAUAAGGCAGCAGCUAGCAGGAUCCAGGUCUGUUCAGAGUAUCUUGGGAUGUAUUUCAGCGAAGUUAUGCAUACAGUGAUGGAAGGUUCUUGUCUUGGUGUAUCUUCUGCCUCACCAUCAAUAUAUUUUUUAUCUGGAGAGUCACCAGUGACCCAUACCGCAGCCCCCCCCCCCGCCCCCCCCCCCAGCUUCCUGUGUCUUAUCAGGUCCCUUCUCAGCACUGUACUGGCUCCAUGCAUCAAGAAUGGGUGGAUGGGUGGGUGUAUAUGAGUGUUGAGUGUGGGUGUAUAUAUACCAAUAAAUAAACUGGUCUUGAGACAA